UGCCUCUGUGUGUGUGUGUGUCUGCAGGCAGACAAUUAACUGCUAGCAGCAAAAAGUCCUGUUACUUCACAACGUUAUUAGCAAUUAUAGAGCAGCCCAACUGUUAAAAAAGAAAAUACAUAUAUAUUCCAGAGUCCUGUGUGCGCGCGGUUACAUAAAAAGAAAAUAUCAAAAAAAUACACAAAGGCCAAUAACAAAAAUUAGUCAUUCAUAAUUUAUUGAUUGUGUGCGAGCGUGUGCGCGUGUGUGUGCGCGUGUGUGUAUGUGUGAGUGCGCGCUUGUAGCUGCUACUGGCACAACUACAGCCACAACAGCUAGUAUUUGAACGCAGUUAAACAAAAGUCGCCUAGUCGCUUAGUCCUGUUUGGAGCCUGGCUGGCAUUAAAAAUCAAUAGACACCAGCAGCAGCAGCAGCAGCAGCAGUAACAAGACAAGACAACGACAACAGGCUACAAAACGCAGCAGCAACAACAAUAGCAAUAACGGAUUAUAGACGACAAGCACACACAAGCACAGAGCAGAAAGAAAGAGGGAGGGAGAGUGAGCGAGACGUCGCAGCUCCGUUCCAGCUGACUGAGCAGCAUAAGCAUAAAAACAACAACGACAACAACAGCAAGAAAGAUGCACUCGCUGCCGCUGCUGUUGCUGCUCAGCACGCUGCCGGCGCUGACGCUGACUGAGAAUGCAACGCUAGCGUAUCCGCCGGCGGCUGAUGCCGGCGUUCUGGGCAGCCCAACCAGCUUCAGCUCGAGCACAGCAGCGCCGCAGCUGGGCAAUGACAAUGACAACUUGACCGCCAGCAGCAGCAGCAACAACAACAACAACAACAACAACAACAAUAGCAACAACGACGCCAGCUAUGAGCAGACCUACAGCAACAGCAGCAUCAGCAGCAGCAGCAGCAGCAGCAAUGCAGCAGCAGCGACGCCAGCAGCAGAAGCAGCUACUACAACGACAACAACAACGACAACAACGACAACAACAAGCAGCGCAGCAGCCACUUUGGCGGCCAUUGAGCAGUCGCAGCAGCAGCAGCAGGAGACUACAUCCAGCAUCAGCGUCGGCGUCGGCGUUGGCUUUAAUGUCGCUGUUGCAGCUCUGCCGCCCAAUGGCACUGGCAGCAGCGCAGCAGAGGUCGCGUUCGCAGCAGCACCAGCGCCAGCAGCGCUGCCGCACGAGAUAAUUGGCUCGGCCACGCCCAACAAGGGCGAACAGGAGGCGAUAUUGCGAGCCCUCGACUGGCUAAAGGAGAAGCGCGCCUCCGACUACGGCUGGGGCAACGACACGCACGUGGUCAUCCUGGCCAAGGAGCUGUCCGGCGGUCGGGAUCCGAACGAGAGCGCCGACGGGCAUCUGCUGGUCAUACAGGAGCUGGAGGACACGCUGUCCGUCAAGGAGAUGGAAAUCGAAAUACUGGCCAUGCUGGAUCGCCAUCAUACGCUGCCCAAGCCGCUAAAUCUGGACAAGCUGGCCCGCUAUGUGCUGGCGCUGGGCUCGCUGUGCAAGGAUCCCAAGCAUUUCCAUGGACACGAUCUGGUCGCGACGCUGCAGCACCAUGAGCCCGCCCAGGACAUUGAGUUCGCCCUGACCACGCUGUCCGCCUGCAGCUCGGCGGCGCAUGUGCGCAAGCGCCAGAUACGCCGCCUCCUGGACAUCGCCAGCGGCGUCACGGAUCAGAGCGUCGAUGCCAUCGCCAUGGUGAUACUGGCGCUGCGCUGCAUUGUCACCGAUCAUCGGCAUCGGCACUUGCAGCACUUUGUGCGGCGGCCGGCGCGCGGCUUGGCCAGCCUGCAGGAUCAGCGCGGCAGCUUUGGUUCGUUGCGCAGCACCGCGUUGGCCAUGCAGGCGCUGCAGGAUCUGGAAUAUGAUCCGGCUGGGCAUUGGAAUCGGACGGCCGCCUCGCGCUACAUACUCAGCCGGCAGCGCGCCGACGGCGGCUGGAGCGAGGAGCCGCUGCAGGAUGGCCAGGAGCCGGACAUUGGCGUUGGCCUCACCGCCGACAUCAUUCUGGCACUCGGCUGGAAGGGUCUCGGCGCCGUGCGCGCCCUCCAGUGCGACCAUGUCAUACGCGAGAGCAGCGAUCCCACAGAGAACGGCGAACCAAAGCUGGCAGUGCCCUUCGGACUCAGCUCCUCGGCGGAGGAGUCGGAUACCAAGAACAUCUCGUACACCUACACACUGUGGGUCGGCUCCAAUGUGACCGAGGCCUUCUCGCUGUCCCUGAUCUCGCCCAAGAACACCAGCUUCUUCAAGGCCAUGACACAGGCAGCCGAAAUGGAUCCCAGAUUCAUGUUCGAGGCGCGCGAAUGGCCCAACGGACACUAUGUGCACACGCUCUACGGCAAGAACGAAGAGCCGCGAGGAUAUCACUACUGGCUGCUCUACCGGCUGCCCGAGUUGCCCGAUCCGAACAAUACGCCUGGGAAUCAGCUUAUUGCGCCUGUUGGUGUGGAUGAGCUAAUGGUCGAGGAUGGGGAGCACUAUCUAUAUUGGUAUAAGAAACUUUAAGCACGCACAUAUGGAUUUGCCGGCCUUAGUCACUAAACUAAAGUUAAGCCACGAGGAGAGGAGGGGAGGGGAGGGGAUGCAGCAGCCCGUGCUGCAAGGAUAACCACACAGAUAGCAAGGAUAACAACUACAAGAGCAGCUGUAACAGCUGCCACAACUACAACUGCAACGUGCAUGCAUAUGUGUAUGUGGCUCUCUAUAUACGUACACACACACACACACACACACACACACACGCACACAUGCGUACACAUGCGUACAUAUUGCAUUAUCUAUACAUACAACUGAAAAAUAAUGGCGUAAUCAAAACUGCAUUAAUCGACACACACACACACACAUUCUACAUAGACACGGCUACACUCGUGGUCAAAAUAUUGUGCACACUAGCACAAUCUGCCUUUCAGAUGCAUAUAUUUCAAAAUCUUUCAAUUAUAUGUUCGAGGUUUUGUUAUUUAUUUGCACUGUGUUUUCAACAUAAUGCCAAACAGAGCAGAAAACAUAGCUAGAACGGAAUGGAAAGAUUCGAUUUUAGUGAAAAUGUGCAACAAGAAACACAUAAAAUAACUGAAAAUGUUUGGACAAACUAAAAAGUACGUCUAUGCGGAAUAUUUAGCUAAUCAUGCCCUACUUCAAUGUUAUUCAGAUUUCUAGUUUCAGGUCAUUGUGGAUUUUCGGAGUACCUUGGACUUGAGACUCUACAAGUUCUGUGAUUUCGUACCAAGCUGUUUUUUUUGUCUUUUUAGAAAAUACCACAUUUCGAGCUGCUCUGCUUUCUUCCUCUUUUACUGCAACUCAUUCACUAGAUUUUGUAAGAAUUUAUAUCUAAUAUCUAACUUAUUGUUUUGUCCAAGCAUUUUGAUUUAUCUAUCUUGUUUCACAUAUUGACUGAAAUUUUUAUAUUUCCUUUAGUUCUCACUAUGUUUUCUGUUCUGCUUAGCUUCAUGUUGUCCACACAAUGCAAGUAAAGGGGAAAUCUCGAACAUAUUUGCCAAAAAAAAAAUGUCGUAUGCAACUAAAAGUAAGCUGUGAUAAUGUACUCACUAUUUUGACCAUCAGUGUACACGCGCACACACGCACACACGCACACACACACAUGCAUAAUAUAUACAAAUAUACCCUAACGAUAGCUUAACUCUGUGUUUAGGUUCUACUAAUCUAUAAUAUGACAAGAAGCAAAUCAAAAAUAACGAUAACAACAAAAAACAAAAGGCUAACAAAGAUUACAAAUUUACGCACUAAUCUGAGGCACGUUUCGUUUUCAGUUGCGCCUGUCAAAGUUGCAGUUAGUUGACAGGCAGUUAAACUUUUUCGCAUACGAAAUGCUUAAACUUUGCGCAAUUCGAUAGAUUUGAGAUAUUGUGAAUGCAACUCUAUUUUCAUACUAAAUAUUUAACUGGCAGAUAAAUUUGUUUUUACUAGUUAAAAUUGAGUUCAAAUACUGGCCAACUUUGACUGGAACAUGGAAAAUACGAGUCCGGAGAGGCUCAAAAGUGCAUCUACACAUACCUAAACAGACACACACACACAUGCACAAUAGCUUCAGAAAGCAGCCCAAUGGCUAUUCGUAGAAAACACUCUAUCUCUCUCUCUCUCUCUCUCUCUCUGUCUCUCUGUCAUCUGUUGUCGAAACGAAUGUUAACAAAAGUGAGGUUAGUUCAUUUAUUAAAAGUGAGUUUAGUUCAUUUAUCACUCCGUCCGUUUUGUAGAUUGAGAGCGUAAUGAGGAGAGGCAUGAUCCAUCAGCGAAUUGAUGCUACCUGUUGCACACUCACACACACACAUAGACACACACAAUAUGCUUUACAUGUUAUUUAACUAAGCAACAGAGAAAGAAAAAUGCUUAAAGGAAUCGCUUAAAAAAUAGACAGGCUUUCAUGAAGACGAGAGAAAGCGUUUGUCAGUCCAAGCAAGGCAUAUUAUACCAAACACCGUAAGUAACAAUAAGUGAUUGAAAAUCAUCCCUAGACAUACAUGAAUAUAUAAAGCAAUGCAUAUACAUAUACAGCUAGAUAUGUGUAUAUACAUAUAUAUAUACAUAUAUAUACAAAAAUAUAUAAAAAUACCAGCAUAUACAUACAUAAAUAUAUAUACAUAAAAAACGAAACUAGUUUUAUAUGAGAUUAAGUCAAGAACGGAAGAAGAAAAACGACAAAGAAAGCAAACGAAAGCCGUGUCCGGAUUAUAUUAUACUAUAUAAUUAUAUGAAAAUGAAUGAAGCAUCAUUUAACGUAUACUAUAAAGAAACAACGCAAUGUCUGUCAAACUAAACAUUUAACGCUAUCAUGCUCAUAUGCCUAUCUAUACCCUAUACACAUAUACAAAUACAUAAAGUCUACAUAUGCAUUGCUCAUUCAAAGCCAAAAACAUACUAACAUACCUAAUUAUAUAACCCAUACUAUCCAAAUAUAAAAGAAAAAGAAAAGAAAUACAAAUAAAUAUUAAAAUUUAAAUCUCUCUCAACUGCUUGACGCCGCAAAGCAGUUUAAGCUGUGGUCGCAGUUCGCAAGCAGUUCAUUUAACAGUCACGCACGCACGCUCGCUCUGUCGCUCUCUCUUCAACCCAGCAAGCAGUUCAUUUAACAAUCACGCCAACGCUCGCUCGCCCGCUCGCUAUCGCUAUCGCUCUCUCUUUCUCGCUCUCUCAUCUCGAACCUUGCGAUUUCAAACGAUAAACUUAACCACAAAAAUGUCGUAAACCUAACCUAAACAAUUUUUAAGUGCAGCUGUGCAAAAACUAACCUAACUUAACUAAAACUUAAUGGUUUAUAUUAUAAGCAUAAAAUUGAGCUUUUUAAUUGUGCAAAUCCAAGCAAAACAAAUACAGAAAACAACUAAAAACCAAAAAAACAAAAAAACUCACUCAAU